AUGUCUAUUAUGAGCUAUAAUGGAGGCACAAUUCUGGCAAUGGCCGGAAACGGGUGCGUUUGUAUUGCGUCGGAUUUACGAAUCGGAGAACAAAUGACAACAAUUGCCACAAACAUAAAAAAGGUGCACAAAUUGGGUGACAAAGUGUACAUUGGUUUGGGUGGUUUUCAUUCGGAUGCAGAGACUGUUCUGGAAAAAAUCACUUUCCGCAAGAAUCUCUAUGAACUGAGAGAGAACAGAAAGAUAAAGCCUGAGGUGGCUGCUGAAAUGGUAUCAAAUUUGUUGUACCAGCACCGAUUCGGUGGUUAUUUCACGGAACCGCUAAUAGCAGGGCUGGAUCCGGUAACGAACAAGCCGUAUAUCUGUGGCAUGGAUACUAUCGGUUGUAUUGCUGCCCCGAACGAUUUCGUUGCCGUUGGCACAGGAACCGAGUAUCUGUUAGGCGUCUGUGAAGGAUUCUGGAAAGAAGGAAUGAAUCCAGAUGAGCUGUUCGAAGCGACGGCACAAUCGAUGUUAUCGGCACUGGAGCGUGAUGCGGCAUCCGGCUGGGGAGUGGUGGUCUACACAAUCACAAAAGACAAAGUGAAUAUUAAAACUAUCAAAGCACGGGUAGAUUGA